CCCUCACAUCGACAACAACAACAAUGGCCGAUUGUAUUGAAGCGCUACUCGUUUUGGUUUUGCUCUGUCGAAACUAAAUGGAACACAUGGGACCCUUUUACUACCAACUUUACAGUCGUUACAUCAGGGAUGCAAACUCAUCAGGAAGAGACCUGCAAAGACCCAGAUAGACUUUAUGAUGAUGGGGAGAAGAGUAUCAUCGGAGAACAGCUGGAUCAACAUCAGUCUACAUCCACGAUAGGAAAACCACACACCUGUGACCAGUGUGAGAAGAGUUUCUGGAGUUCAGGGAUAUUGAAGCACCACAAACGUACCCACACUAGAGAAAAACCUUUCACCUGUGACCAGUGUGAGAAGAGCUUUAGCAGGUCAGGCGAUUUGAAGAUUCACCUGCGAACCCACACUGGAGAAAAACCUUUCACCUGUGACCAGUGUGAGAAGAGCUUUAGCCUGUCAAGCUCAUUGAAGCACCACCGGAGAAUCCACACUGGAGAAAAACCUUUCACCUGUGACCAGUGUGAGAAGAGUUUCUGCAGAUCAGGGAUAUUGAAGCGCCACAAACGUACCCACACUAGAGAAAAACCUUUCACCUGUGACCAGUGUGAGAAGAGCUUUAGCCGGUCAGGCUAUUUGACAAUUCACAAGCGAACCCACACUGGAGAAAAACCUUUCACCUGUGACCUCUGUGAGAAAAGUUUCACGGACUCAUGCUCAUUGAAGAGCCACCAGCGAACCCACACUGGAGAAAAACCCUACUCCUGUGACCUCUGUGAGAAGAGCUUUAGCCAGUCAAGCUAUUUGACGAUUCACAAGCGAACCCACACUGGAGAAAAACCUUUCACCUGUGACCAGUGUGAGAAGAGCUUUAACCGGUCAGACUCAUUGAAGGUCCACCAGCGAACCCACACUGGAGAAAAACCCUACUCCUGUGACCAGUGUGAGAAAAGUUUCACGGACUCAUGCUCAUUGAAGCGCCACCAGCGAACCCACACUGGAGAAAAACCCUACUCCUGUGACCAGUGUGAGAAAAGUUUCGCAGACUCACGCUCAUUGAAGAGCCACCAGCGAACCCACUCCUUUGACCAGUGGGAGAAAGAGUUCAGUGACUCAUACAGUGUGAAGCUCCACCAGCCUACCCACACUGGAGAAAAACCUGACGUCUGUGCUCACUCUGAGAAGAGUUUCAGAGAACCAGACCACAUGGGAGAAAACCUUCACUAGUGCACUGAGACUGUUCAGAAAGAGUGAGGUGGACUGUUUGACACAACUCACUGUUAAAAGAUGUUGUGUGGAUUUUAAAAGUUGUUCAAAUGUUCUCAAUAAUAUUCAAAUGCAUGCAC